CCGAGUGUACUGUAGUGCUGCUGCUGCUUGUGGUAAACUACAAGUUGUGCAACCUGUAAAACCACCGCGGGCUGAGGGCAGACGUUAGAAAAACGUCACAUGAGAUUUACCGGAACUCCUCAUUUCUCCCGGUUUUCGACGUGAGACUUUCCCGCGGAGGAGACUUACUGUCGAAUGAAGCCCCUCGCACAGCAGGAGGCCUUUUGCUCACCCGCACAGGACUCUGCUGAGGGAGCCAGGAGCCCUCCCCUCACUGUGACCCCACCGCCCCUCCACAGGAGCACUCUUUGUGCCGAGUGUCACGAUGAGAUGUUGUCCCCGAGCGCCUCCUUCGUGCAAAUCAAGUUCGACGACGUCCUCUUCUACGAGAACUGCGGCGGCGGCAGCUUCGGGAGCGUGUACCGAGCCAGGUGGAUCACCCAGGACAAAGAGGUGGCGGUGAAGAAACUGCUCAAGAUUGAAAAUGAGGCUGAAAUCCUCAGCGUCCUCAGCCACCGCAACAUCAUUCAGUUCUACGGCGCGAUCGUUGAGGCUCCCAACUAUGGAAUCGUCACAGAGUAUGCCAGCGGUGGAUCGCUGUAUGAUUACCUGUCCAGUGCUGACAGUGAGGAAAUGGACAUGGGGCAGAUAAUGACAUGGGCUGCAGAGAUUGCCAGAGGAAUGCACUAUUUACAUUCAGAGGCGCCUGUUAAGGUGAUCCACAGAGACCUGAAGUCCAGGAAUGUUGUUGUAUCAGCAGACAAGGUUCUCAAGAUCUGUGAUUUUGGGGCAUCCAAAUUCCUGACUCACACGACUCACAUGUCCUUGGUGGGCACGUUUCCCUGGAUGGCUCCCGAGGUGAUCCAGAGCCUGCCUGUGUCUGAGACGUGUGACACUUUCUCCUACGGAGUGGUGCUCUGGGAAAUGCUCACUCGUGAGAUACCCUUCAAAGGUCUGGAAGGUUUACAAGUGGCCUGGCUCGUGGUGGAGAAGAAUGAGAGGCUGACCAUCCCGAGCGGCUGUCCUGCCAGCUUCGCUGAGCUCAUGAGGAGCUGCUGGGCAGCAGAACCCAAAGAAAGGCCGAUGUUCAAGCAGAUCCUCUCUACUUUGGAUUCCAUGUCUAACGACAGCCAACUUCCUCAACAGUGCAACUCUUUCCUUCACAACAAGGCUGAAUGGAGGUGUGAGAUUGAAGCCACGCUUGAGAGACUUAAGAAGCUGGAGAGAGACCUGAGCACCAAAGAGCAGGAGCUGAAGGAGCGAGAACACCGCCUGAAGAUGUGGGAGCACAAACUCAUCGAGCAGUCCAACAGCCCGUUGCUGCCCCACUUCGACAUCUAUACAUGGACAGAAGAGCAUGUGUAUUUCUGGAUGCAACAAAUAUUUGGCGCAGAGGAAAGUGCCUUCGGCAUGCAGCUGUAUGCUGACCUGUUUAAAGAGAAUCACAUCACUGGAAAGAGGCUGCUGUUGCUCACGGAAAACGACAUGAGGGACAUGGGGUUCAAAUCCAAAGGUCACGCCAUGCACCUCAAGAGUGAAAUUGAAAAGCUGGCGAAUGAUUACCUCGGUUUGGUCCACUUCCCACCUCUGUUGAAGGAUGAGCUGGGGAAGGAGGUGGAGAUAAGUAAAACUGUUUGUCUGGAGCUGGUGUUUGGGUACCACUGGAAACCAGGAACUGGAAAAUCUGACUGCAAAUGGAAGAUGUACAUGGAGCUUGAUGGAGAUGACAUUGCAGUAACUUACAUAAAAGAUGUCAUCUUCAAUGUCAACAGACAAGAUGUGGAGCUCCUGCGGAUGACUAAGCCACCCUUUGUGAUGGACAGGUGGAUUGUUGGAAUACUGCAGAACCAUAAAGUUGACUACAUAGUCAAUUAUGAGAAUGAUGUCAAGUCACCCAAGUCUACCAGACACAGCUGUCCAGUGACGUGGAGUCACAGCGGGGGACAACCCGAAAUCAAGAGUGUGGAGCUGGUCAUUGAAACAGCACCAGCCAACAUCCCAUUGAGCCCCAUGGACAAGUCUCACUCUGACAUCGACCCCACAUGGAUGUACAACGUGAGGCAGAGGCAGUUGAAGAGCCAGAAAGCCUCGCAGACGACUACCGCUCUGUCCGCCUUCACGGGCUCCGACGCCCGCACUCUGCCUCAGUUCCUGUCCGCGCAUGAGAGCCAGGGGUUUUCUUACGCCGCAGCUGUGCGCCGCUCUCCGAACCGCGCCCACGCGUCCAGUUGGAUCGACUCUCGCAGCUCCUCGCCAACCACCAGCCUGUCGGCCAAACUCUCCUCGCUCCACUUCGGGUCGAAGGGCAGCAGCCCUUCCAGCACCACGUCGGAGAGCGCCUCGGAGAGGGAGCGAGAGCGCCCACUCAGCGCCGGCGCCGUGCACGACCGCCGCAAAAGCCUCUACUUUGGCAACACAUUAACUGUGGGAGGGGAUCAGGGUAGGGGACACGGAUGGAACGGCGCUAGAGGUAACUGUGUUCAUAAUAGAACCAGCAAAACCUCUCGACAGCCAGGGAGGCCACGGUCCAACAGCUACAGCGUCACGCCACAGAACCGCCCCUCCGCGAUACCAGGUAUAUUGUCUGUGACAGGAGACCCCGGCAAGGAAAAAGAGGGGGCCAAAGCCAGCGACGGAGGGUGGAUCAAAGUGGAGCGGCAGAAAAGAUUACCACGUCAGGACAAUAAACAAGUCAGAGGUCGACAGAGGAGAGGGGGCAGGGGAGGGCGUGGCGCCGCUGGAAGAACUUAAUGCGGGCCACGCGUGAACCGAGCGCUCCCUCAAAAUGUCUGUGUGCUCUGAAAGGGUUUUAUGGGAAUAAUGUAUUGCUGAAAAUUAACUGCGCAUUUGAAAGGAAUCACACUGACGCCUAUGAUGGGAUGUAUAUAUGUAUGAACACAAGCUCUUUAUAUUAUAAGAAGAAAACUGGCUUCUGUCAGGGUAAUAUAAAUUAUGUGUUUUUUAUUUUAUAAUUUAGUCCUUCUUUUUCUUCCUUCCAAUAAAAAACAGAUAUGUCAACCCAUGGUAGUGUUUAUUUGUUCAAAUGUUCUGUGCUGCAUCUUUAGUGGGAGUGUUUUGUAUAGAUUUAUUAAAGGGUCUCAUGAUUCCAUUGUUUGGCAAUGGUCAAAUGCAAUAAGAUGGGAUACGCCUUUAUUGUUUCCCAAUACAGAAAUUCGGUUGCUCCAGCAGCAAAAGUACAGAACUAUUGCAAUUUAAAAAGAGAAAAUAUGAAACAAUAACAAGAUUAUUUAAAAACUGUAAUAAUAAUAGAAGAAAAAAAAAAAACUAUAGAGAGCAAUAACGACUUAAUUACACAGCAAUUUCAACAGUGGGGGGAUGUGAUUAGUAAACAGUC